AUGGGUGAACGAGUGGCGAAUCGCUAUGCGGAAUGUUUUUAUAAGAGUUUGGGGCAGGAAAUCGUUGGUCAUAGUAAGCUGAUUGAUAAGGAAAUCGAAACGUGCAACACACUUCUGAAAUGCCUCUCAAGCGAAGCACCAUAUGCGGAUUUGGUGAAUGCACCGACUUCAGAAGCACUGCUAAGACGAUUACUCAAAACUCGUCUGUGCAAUACGUAA